UCAUACCAGGAUGGUGAUGCGGUGAAUUACAUUUAUUCCCAGAUCCCUGAACUCCCGGCUUUCUUUACACGAACAACGGAGGAGUUGGGUCCCAGGAAGGACGGGACAAGCAGAGUAACUGCAUUGUACGGCAUGGAAAUUAAUGUGGAGAAAGACAAACAGACAGGAGAGACCAAGAUUCUCUCUACAUCCCCCAUUGGCCCAGAAGGAGCCCAUCAAAGAGGAAUCAAAGUCUAUGACGAUGGUACCAAAGUAGUCUAUGAGAUGCACCCUGGAGGUGCAGUGAUAGAAAACGGAGUACAUAAGUUGAGCUCAAAGGACGUAGAUGAACUUAUUCAGAAAGCUGGACAAUCAAGCAUAAGAGGAGGGACUGUAUCAGAGAGGAACACAAUAGCUGAUGGAAACCUCAGCCAUAUGAAGGAACAGAUGCUCUUCAAGGAGGCGAAACUAGAGAUGGUGCACAAAUCUAGCAAAAGACAUUCCGGGAACCCUCGACACCAAGCAAAGCUCUCUGGGGAUGAAGUCCCAGAAGCCAGUUCAGAUCACCCUGUCACAAUGAUAUUUAUGGGUUACCAAAACAUUGAAGAUGAAGAGGAGACCAAAAAAGUGCUGGGCUACGAUGAGACAAUCAAGGCCGAACUGGUCCUCAUUGACGAAGAUGAUGAGAAGUCCUUGCGUGAGAAGACUGUGACAGAUGUGUCAACCAUGGAUGGAAACGCAGCUGAGUUAGUUUCUGGGAGACCCACCUCGGACACAACAGAACCCUCCUCACCGGAGGGGAAAGAAGAGAGUCUACCGAUGGAAAAAGUCCCAGAAGCAGAGAUAUUGAAUGUGGGUCCCAAGGAACUCAGUGAAAGCCCAGAGGAGGAAACUGUGGCAGUGCUUUCGAAGUUGCCAAAGAUGUUCAGGUACACAGCGCCAUGGCAGGUUCUCUGCCUGUCAAUGGAGCAAGAUUUAAGGAAAUCAUCUAAAAUCUCUGAGGAUGACAUCAGGUUGAGAAAAGAGAGAGACCGAUAUUGUGCCAAUUUCCUGGAGCCAGGCAGUGUGCGUGUGACAAAGGAAGGGAAAAUGGAAAUUGAAGCCCUUGCCUCAGAACAUAAAACCAUCACUGUGGGGAGUUCAGUGCAUGCAGUAGACAAUCAAACUCACUUACUCUCCCCUGCUGCCAGUCACAAUGGACUUAAAGACAGACAUGAAUCCUUGGACAGUGAGGUUGCUAAAGAGAUCAGAUAUCUGGAUGAGGUGCUAGAAGCAAACUGCUGUGAUUCUGCUGCUGAUAAUCCCUUUAAUGGGAUGACUUCUUCCUCCCCUGAGCCAAGUGCAUCUGUUGUCAUUGAUGGCUGUGGUCCAUCUGCUCAUAAUAGUAAGGAUUCCACAUUAUCUAAUGAAAGGGACACCCUGGUGGUUGGUGGGCAGGCACUUUCAGUUACUGAACAUGGUGGGAUAAAUAUAGCAGCUGAGAAGCUAAAAUCAAAUGGCCAUUCUCCAGACGGUUUGCAAGAGGAGCACAGUGACAGCCUGAAAGGGCCCGUGAGUCCAAGCUCUUCCACAAGCUCAAGGUCUUCCAAAGAUGGAGAAACAGCAUUAACUACCCUUAAGAAAGAAGCUAAGUUUGAACUUAGAGCGUUUCAUGAAGAGAAAAAGCCAUCCAAACUGUUUGAGGAGGAGGACAUAAAAGAGAAGUACAGAGUGCGCAAAGUUCGGCCUUCUGAGGAAAUGAUAGAGCUGGAAAAAGAGAGGCGGGAGCUUAUCAAGAGCCAAGCUGUCAAGAAAAAUCCCAGCAUAGCAGCCAAGUGGUGGAAUCCACCCCAGGAGAAAACACUUGAGGAACAGCUAGAUGAUGAACACUUGGAAUCUCACAAGAAGUACAAAGAACGCAAAGAAAAGCAGCCUCAACCGCCGCCCUCAACUACAAUGAAGCAUGUUUCCUAUUCCUGUGCACCACCAGAUCCAAGUAGCAUUAAAAAGGAUGAUAUUGUAACAGAGCAAAUAGAUUUCUCAGCUGCACGGAAACAGUUUCAGUUAAUGGAAAAUUCAGGACAGCCAAACAGCACGGCUGCACCCAAGAGGUUAGGGACUCCCAAAAUGUUCACUGUCCAACCCUUCUAUAAACCACUAAGCCCGUCCCAAGUAGACCAGCGAACACAUCCUGUUACAAAGCCUGUGUCUCUGUGCAGUCAAACAGUACAGGUUGGCAAUAAUGAUGUAACUAUUGUAAAAGCAGAGAGAGUCUCUUGCAUCAUAGAUGACAGCAGCAUAGGAAUUCAAAAUAGCUCUGCUGACCCGGUGAGAACAUCCCCUUCCACAAAGCCCAGCCAGACAGCAAAAGUAUGGACGGAUGAUAGUGAAUUUAUGAGUGCAAAGGCAGUAUUUACAGUGGUGAAGGACGAUGACCACAGCCUACUGGACCACUUCUCCAGGUCUGCCAAUGUGUCUUUCCCACCAGAGGAGCUGGACUCUGGUUUGGAUGAAUUGUCAGUGAGAUCUCAGGAUACAACUGUUUUGGAAACACUUUCCAAUGACUUCAGCAUGGACAACAUCAGUGACAGCGGUGCCUCCAAUGAGAUGAUGAAUGCCCUUCAAGAAAACUCACUCACAGAUUUCUCCUUGCCUCAGACUCCUCAAGCUAACACGCCUUCUGAGUGUCAAGGGGAGGGUGUUUCCAAGUCACUGAGUGACCAUGGGUUUUACUCUCCUUCUUCCCCAUCGCUUGACUCCAUGCUCAUGGAUGAGCAGUUGGAAUACCAGGCUGGUCUACUGGUUCAAAAUGCCAUUCAGCAAGCCAUAGCUGAGCAGGCUGACAAAAUAAGCUCCAAGCAAGCAAAAGACACCACAGAGCAAAGAAACCACCAGGUUGGGAGCCAGGAGGCAGUGGAUAAAGCACCAUGUUCUGAGAAGCAGCACAAUCCAGCUUUCCAGCCGCCUCAGGUGUCCUCUCCCAUGCAAGAGAAAAGGGACACAGCACCAAAGGCUUCAGCACCUCAAGACUCUGUACUCAGGGAAAGGCAGGUUCCACAGCUAUCACUUGCUGCUCAUCCUCCCCAACCGGUCCCUGUGGAGGAAACCAAGCCAGAAGUCAGCUAUUUCAGCAAGUAUUCAGAAGCAGCUGAGCUACGGAGCACAGCUUCCAUUCUGGCUCAGCAAGAAGCUGAGGUGACUGUAGGACCUUUCAAACUAAGGUCAAAAAAGCAGAGGACUUUGUCCAUGAUAGAAGAAGAGAUCCGAGCAGCCCAGCAAAGAGAGGAGGAACUCAAAAGACAGAGGCAAGGGAUGCCAGUGGCACACAGCCCUUUUGCAAAGGGUGCACCCGCACCAGCCACCAGAACUGUGUCUUACAAAACUGCACCAGGCAAAAUAGAAAAGAUCAAGCCACCUCCAUCCCCCACCUCAGAAGGUCCCUCGUCACAUUCUGAUUUGGCAUCAGAUGAAGCUGGAGCCCCUCAGAAGCCCAAGAACCUGAUGCAGACCCUCCUAGAAGAUUAUGAAACUCACAAAACCAAAAGGCGGGAGAAGAUGGAUGAGAGCAGUUAUACCUGUAAAUUACUGUCUAACAAGGUUACUUCUGAGGUUCUUGAAGCUACCAGGGUCAACCGCAGGAAGAGUGCCCUAGCCCUGCGCUGGGAAGCUGGCAUUUAUGCUAACCGGGAAGAAAAUGAGUAGUUUUCAUGGCAAAUAAUGCAAGCGCUUUUUUUUAUUACUAUUGUUGUUGUUGUUGUUGUUAUUGCAGAGACCAACAAACCAAAUAGAAGAACAAAGUUUUAAUUUUUUGAAAAAGCUACAUCAUUUUAAUCUGAUAUUUAUUGCAAAUGCACCACUCUCUGAGAUCCAUGUUCAAACAGGAGCAAUCCAUUUUUUAUAUGUGUGUGUGCGAGCGCGCAUGUGUACAUAUAUACGCACAAACACACAGGACAGUUAUAUUAAAAAAGCACCCUCUAUCCCUGUCCCCCCCCCCCAAAAAAAAAACAACCCUGAAGUAGCGGGCUGUAACUUUGGAGCCAGUGCCAUGGCGCUGAUAAGAAAUAGCAGCAGACUGGGCAGAAUGAGCACAUUAUUGCUUCCUUUAACUAUCUUCACAGCUUUGCAUUGGGAACAGAAAGAGUUUGGCUUAUAUAGGAUCUUAAUAUGGCACCUCAUGAGGAAAAAAUAAACCAUUGUUCAAGCUUUGUUUGGUUCCAGCUGCGGCUCUUCAUUCCAAACGUGGCUUUAAAAAGAGGGCUGUUACUCUGAUAUAUCCUAAAUAGCCAUAAUAAAUUCAAGAUAAUUUUGUUUUGAUGUUGUUAAUCUAUAAGCGCAAUUGGGUUUUUUUUAAUUCUUGCUUUAAAUUAAUUGACUUUUUUUAAAAAGGCGGUUGUUGAAUUUCAAAUGUGAAUGUACAAUCCCUAUAUUAGCCAUAAAAUACAGUGUGAUGGUUUUUUGCUGUUAUUUUGCAAAGGUGUUUAUUGUUGGGGGAGGAGAUUGGGAAGAUCAGGCUUUCUCUUAAUUUAUCAUAGGUGGUUUUAGCUGCAGAUUUACCCGCACAUUAUUUUACAAUUUAUAUGCUUAAUUCAGUUUCCUUUUAAUAACAAAGACCAAUCCCUAGAUAGUGUAAAAUAGAGGGGUAAAGAGAAAUGCCAAAGCAGAACAUCAUAGUUUUAGCAAAGUCUAUGCUUGUGGUUAUCAGAUUGGUCUCUUGUUUCUCAGCGCAUAUUUGCAUUAUCAUCUAUCUGUAUUUAAUGGGCAGUGGGGGCUGCGAUAAUGUGGACAUGCAGUGAAAUCUAUAAAGAGCAGUAAAGCUGAGUCAAGAAAGAUAAGGGGGAGAAUGAGAAAAGUUUAAAUAUUUUUUACUGAGGCGAAUUAUUGACCUUCAAGUCAGGUUAUGUUGCAGAGAAAGGUAUGUAAGAAAAAAUAGUUAUAUCUUUUAGCUAUAUUUAUGCUACAUAAAAAGGUCUUGGUAUUAGAGUGUGAGAGAGAGGUUUUAACAGAAAACAAAAAAGUUGAGAGGAGGUAGUGGACUUAAAGAGGGGAAGAGAUGAGCCAAAGGAUUAUUUUUGCUGUUCAACCAGUGUUUUCAGAGCUAGAAGGAAACCUGUAGACCCUUUAGAUAGAGCGUAGGCUGGGAAUCCAUGACAAAGAAUUAUCUGUGUGUAUUUGCUUGUGUGCAUGUGAAGUUGCAUUCAUAGUAGGAUGAUGGACAAGAUGUGGGUGUACAGAUUAUUUUGUCCAAAGCUGUUUGCCAGCUCUAAGGGUAUAAACAUUUCUUCUUCUUCUUUUCUUUUUUUUAAAGAAAAGGAAUAUAAAAAGGCACUAAGCAGUAUUUGUAAUAACAGACCUGAACUGAAAUGGUAUUUGCAUGAGUUAACCUUUCAAAAGUAUCAAGCAGUUUUGUAAUCUGAUAUUUAGCAGGAAAAGUGGUAUUUAUUCUUGAGCUUUGUAUUUUGGCAUGGUAGUAAAGUCUACUACUGGUUUAGUCUUUUAUCUGUCUGGGCAAUGCAGUAGAAUAUUUAAUGAUCAACAGCCAUAAUUUUUGGACCAGAAUCUGUCACACUUUGAACAACUGCAAAAACUAAUGCAUAUAUAUUUUUAAAAAUACCUACAACAUUGCUUUUGACUGCUUUUUUUAAAAAGGGAAGCAAAAACUAGAGAACCUCCCUAAAUUUCUCCUUCCUUGUUGCAUAUUAUAAGCAGAAAUUUUGCUUUCUGGUAUUUUAAUUAGACAAAUAAGGGACUUGCAAUCUGGAAAAAGAUCUUAUUUUUCUCAUAGUAAAUACCAACAUACAAUAUGAAUGCAGAAGCCUUGGAGAGGAUUCUCUCUGUUGUAUACAGACUACAGUAGAAAUGUUUGGACAGAAGGAGGCCAUCUGCAUGGAUAACAUGUAUAUGGAGCUUCUCCUGUUAGGUGAAGACAGACCUGUACAUUCAGAGGGUGCUAGCAACAGGAAAGUCCCAUUUGCAUGUGAGGCUUUCUUGUUGCUGUUCUCACAUGACUAUAGCCUAGGCACAGUGAAUCUACUACACCUUUGCAAACUUUGUAACCUGGAAAAAAUCCAAACUGUUAUGACUAGAGUCUAUUUUACAUAUAAGAGCUUUAUAUUUGUGGUUUGCACACUCUUCUGGUUGAUUUUUUUUUGCAAGAACAAAGAGUUACAAUCCAGUCAAAAAGUAUUGACCUAGUAAUUGUUGACCUAGUAAUUUCAAUAGAAGCAUGUGUUCAGUCUUGCCUAUUGAAAUCAGUGGGAUUGAGAAAUACUUAAUUUUUUUGGAUUGGAUUGUAUACUGAGUUUUUUCAGGGGCUGACAAUACCGCACAGGAACGAAUAACAAUUACUUCAUGAGAGGAAGGAAAAAACAGAGAGAAAGGUGGAUGAGGACGACAGGGAAAGCUGCUGAACUAUUCACAGUGAAGAACCUCUGUCACUAGCUCUUGAAGGCCCACCAACACUAUGUUCUCUGAGCCUUUAGCCGAAAUUGCCUGUACAAUCAAGAUUUUUGCCCUCCGGGGCGGUUUUCUUCAAAGCAAGGUGAAAAUUCUCAGGAUUAUGAUGAAGCAGCUGGAUUAUGUGCUGCCAUGCAUGGACAAUAUUCUCUGAAACAGCUUAAGUAUGAGGAAGGCAGUUCCUUUUUAUACGACAUGUAACUCUUACUGGAAAAUGGUGGCUUUAUAGUUGGGAAAAUAAAAUCAAUGACUAGAGAUAUGCUUGGAAUUGGAUGUUUUCCCCCCUGUGACUAGGUUGUAAUAAGCUCGACAUGAAGAAAGCAUUCCCUGUUUCUAAAAAUGAAAAUAAAAAGACACCAAAAAACCCACACUUUGUUUGUCUAAUCAUCUCAUUCUUUGUUACCAGUGCUUCCCCCGGUCCCCAGUAGCAAAAAUGAGACCAGUCCCUGGCAUCUUGGGAUGACUUUUCUUGGUGGGAAGAGAAGCUUAAUUCAUCAUGCUUUACCUCCACUUAAAAUAGAUGUGUGAAUGGCUGUCAAUGGACAGUUGUUUUUUUUCAGGAAUUAUGUGAUCUUGACAACUGUUGUCAGCAAUACUUGGCUUAGUGCUUUGAAAGUUUAGCAGUUAACCUCCAUCUGCCCAUUGCCAUGGCUUAGAUGUUUGUAAAUAAAUAUAUGCCAACGAUUACACAUUAUCACAGAAUUAGCUUUUCUUCUCCACACAUAGAAAGGGAUAAGAAUUUCUUGCAAAAAAUACCAAUUUAAUUAAACUGUGCAUUGUCAUAGUUAAGCUUUAUGAUUUGUGACUGUAUCCAGGGGUUUCAGUUCUUCUUGGGUUGGAUGUGUGUUGUUGUUGUUUUUAAUUGCAGAGCAGAACUGUGAAACUGUUCCUUGUUUUAACACAGCCCAUUUGGGUGUUAUUUUGCUCCCCAUCCUGAAGAAUCCAUGGAGAACAGUAAUUUUCUCUGUUUCGAUAAAUUACCAACUAAAUGCAGUCAUAAAACCCAUGGCUUACUGUAUGUGUUAACCACUUCACUGCUGUACCAUGCUUCUGUUUUAUAGUGACUGUGAGACAUACAAUACAAGUAUAUAAUUAUUUUCUCAUUAAA